ACACACACACACACACACACAUCCACACGCGCACACACAAGCAACACACGCACACAGCGCUCACUCACACACUCGCACGCUCAGCUCGCAGCAGCCUGCCGGAGCUCCCGACACGUGCACACACAUCUCUAGCAGUCCGCACUCCUCCAUUAUCCUGCUUCAUUCUCUUUUCUCCCAAACACACACGCAGGAACACACACACGCUCUAUCUCUCUAUCUCUCUCUCUCCCCUUCUCUGUCUGUCUCUCUCUCACACAUACACACACACAGAAAGCGAUGAGGCUUUAUUUCUGAAGCAGCCCUCGACAGAGGAGACGUGGCAGCCGGAUCGGGAGACUGACACUUGAUGGAUUACGUUUUUUUCCACGCUCAGGAGGUGAACCGCAGCUUUUCCGUGACACCAUGAACCCGAGCUUCGGGACACGGGGACGGAAAGAGUAACGAGUUGGAAGAACUGGAGUACAAGAAUAAGAAAGGAGAGAUCUAGAAAAGCUGGACUGUGAAGAUGCCGAAACGGAGAGAGGAGAUGCAGAGAGACGUGUGGACUCGGAUCAUGCUGGCGUGGAUUAUGUGUGUAUGCUUCGGCUCCUCGGCGCCGUUUGUCGACCAGUCGCGAAGUUUAGAAACCAGGCCGAGUUCAGAAAGCGAGACUUCUCAGCCGGAAGGACGAGGCGUCCUCCAUCGGGCCAAAAGGGGAUGGGUUUGGAAUCAAAUGUUCGUGCUGGAGGAAUUCUCUGGACCUGAUCCGAUCCUCGUUGGCAGGCUCCACACGGAUCUCGAUGUUGGAAACAGGAACAUCCGGUACGUUCUGGCGGGAGAAGGAGCAGGAACCAUCUUCGCCAUCAACGAGCUGACGGGCGACAUCCACGCCAUGAAGAGGCUGGACCGCGAGGAGAAGGCGGAGUACACGCUCACGGCGCAGGUCAUCAACCGAGACACCAACGAGCCGCUGGAGCCUCCAUCAGAGUUCAUCAUCAAAGUGCAGGACAUCAACGACAAUCCGCCGCAGUUCAUCGAGGGGCCGUACCAGGGCUCGGUCCCCGAAAUGUCACCUGUUGGAACCUCGGUGACGCGGGUCACAGCCACGGACGCUGACGAUCCGGUUUAUGGAAACAGCGCCAAACUGGUCUACAGCAUCCUGGAAGGACAGCCGUAUUUCUCCAUUGAUCAAAACUCCGCAAUCAUUAAAGUGGCCCUGGCCGGGAUGGACCGAGAGAUGAGGGAGGAUUAUCUGGUGGUCAUUCAGGCUAAAGACAUGGGUGGUCACAUGGGAGGAUUAUCGGGGACCACCACAGUCACCGUAACGCUGACGGACAUUAACGAUAACCCGCCCAAGUUCUCCAAAGGAUCGUACGAGUUCACCAUCUCCGAAGACCUCGGCAUCGGGAAACCCAGUGGACGAGUGAAAGCCAACGACCGAGACAUCGGAGAAAACGCUAAAUCCACCUACAACAUCAUAGCAGGAGACGAGAAGGACGUGUUUGAGAUUGUGACUGACCCGCAGACUCAGGACGGAAUCCUCACUCUGAAGAAGGCUCUGGACUUUGAGAGUAAAAACUUUUAUAACCUGACGGUGGUGGCGACCAACAUUCGGCCUUCAGCAACAGGAGCUCCGUUUAUGGACCAAACCACCAUCAAAGUUAUCGUAGAGGAUGCGGACGAGCCGCCCGUCUUUACAAAGUCCACUUACGUGUUCGAGGUGCAUGAAAACGCCGCCAUUAACACCAUCGUUGGAACCGUUACGGCCCGAGACCAGGACGCUACACGCAGCCUCGUCAGGUACUCGAUCGAUCGGCACACAGAUCUGGAGAGGCAGUUCAAUAUCCACGUGGACGACGGGAAGAUCACGUUAGCCAAACCGCUGGACCGAGAGACCGAUACGUGGCACAACAUCACCGUGACGGCUACAGAAGUCCGGAACCACAGUCAGAUCUCCAGAGCCAUUGUGGCGAUCCGAGUGCUGGAUAUAAACGACAACGCUCCGGAAUUCCCCACAGAGAAUGAAGCAUUUCUUUGUGAAAACGGAAAACCGGGUCAGGUGAUCGAGACCAUCAGCGCUGUGGACAGAGACAAUCCAGCUCAAGGACACACCUUUCACUACAGACUGGAGAUGCCCAACAACCCCAACUUCACCAUCAAGAACAACUUAGACAAUUCUAUCAGCAUCCUAGCAAAACACGACUCGUUCCGUCGGCAGAAACAGGAAGUUUACCUGCUGCCCAUCGUGGUGAGCGACGAUGGAAAUCCACCGAUGAGCAGCACCAACACGCUGAGCAUCCGAGUGUGCGGCUGCAGUAAAGACGGCACGGUUCAGUCGUGUAACGUCGAGGCCUUCGUCCUGCCCAUCGGCCUCAGCAUGGGGGCGCUGAUCGCCAUCCUCGCCUGCAUCAUCUUACUGCUCGUGAUCGUGGUUCUGUUCGUGACUCUGCGGCGACACAAGAGCGAACCGCUGAUCAUCAAAGACGAGGAGGACGUCCGCGAAAACAUCAUCACAUACGACGACGAGGGCGGCGGUGAGGAGGACACGGAGGCAUUCGACAUCGCCACGCUGCAGAACCCCGACGGCAUCAAUGGCUUCCUGCCUCGCAAAGACAUCAAACCCGAGCUGAGCUACAGCGUCCGCGCCGGACUCAGACCUGCCGCCAACGGCGUCGACAUCGACGAGUUCAUUAACGUCCGGCUCCACGAGGCUGAUAACGACCCCACGGCGCCGCCCUACGACUCCAUCCAGAUCUACGGCUAUGAAGGUCGAGGAUCGAUGGCCGGAUCUUUGAGCUCGCUGGAAACGUCGUCGUCGGAUUCGGACCAGAAUUUCGAUUACCUCAGAGAGUGGGGUCCACGGUUUAGGAGACUCGGAGAGCUCUACUCAGUGGGCGAGAGCGACAAAGAAACUUGAGGCAUUGCUAUUUUUUUCACCCUCAUGACUUUUGCAUUAUGGUGCUCGCCAGAUCACGAUUAAAACACAUCUGUUUCAAAAUGGCGGGAAACUUUUUUUGUUUUGUUUUGUUUUUGAAAACUGUUAGAGACAAGCAUACUAGGAUCGGUCAUCCACAUCCGAGUGCGUAACGGGGCUGAACUUCACCACCACAGUGUCUGUCGUAGGAGGUCACCGAUACUUGUGGAGUCUUUUAGAUUAAAUGUUUUUGGCUCGUUGUUUGUUCACUGUGACCGCCGGAAACAUCGGUUCUCGUAGGUCACCUCCAGUGAAAGAAAAAGGUUUCUGAGAUGUGGAUGAACUUCUGAGGCCUCAAAAUGGCGCCGCACGUCUCCUUAACGUCAUCCGGCCAAUCCGAGGAAGAAGGAACCUUACAAAAUCGACUAAAAAGCAAUAUAUGGUCUACUAUGUUGAAUGUAUGUGUGUAUGUUUAAAGGUGAGAUAAGUGUACAAUAUUGGCUUUAAUAGAUCUUAGUUGAGAUAGCGUUUGAUACGAGUGGCCAGAUUUCCUGAAAAGCCUCGCGGCUCGCUUUAUACACCCCGUUUGUAUUCGCGCUCUUAGUGUGUUUCACACUCGAACAUUAGUAGCCUAUAACAGACUGAAGACAAAAAGAGAAAUGUAGAAACAACGAGGCCUUCUUUUUACAGAAGCAAACAUUAAAUACGGUUGUAUUUAAACAUUUUUUGGAAACAUCAAUCGUGUUUACUUCAUUAGCGUAGUAUGAUUUAUAAAUAUAUGAAUAUUCAUUGUCUGUUUUGUGCUGCGGGUAUAAAAAUAUGGUGUCAUUUCGGUUACUCUUUUUCUGCAUUGUUUCGUUUGUCACCAGAGAGCUCUUUUUUUUUAUAAACGCUAAUAUCAGAAUUCCAGUUCUGCAGUCCAUCCUGUUUACACCUGGUCACUUCAUGCCUCUCGCUUUGAGGAUCAGUGAGAUAUUUCUAAAUCUCAGCGUAUCUGUAGAUCCAGAAAAAAAGCAUAAGGUUAAUUAGAAGUUAUAUAAAUGAAUCUUUGCACAAAAGACAGAUCCUCUCAGUGUAUCAUGGCAUUAACUAAACCCUGGACAGUGUAUCAUUAAUGACGCCUCUUUCAGAACGUUAGGUCAGAAUUGUAAACCCACCAAUGCAAUACCUCAUAACUGAAACCUGUCACAUUAAAUCAUUACAUCAUGACUGAAAUCAUGCCUUAAAAGUCAAGGUCAUGAGUGAAAUCUCUUUUUAAACAUUAUAUCAUCACUGAAACCCAUGCUUCAAAAUUAUGUCAUGACAGAAACUCCUUAAAAUUUUGUAUGUCACUGAAACCCUGCCUUCAAAGUGUGUCAUGACUGAAUACUCUUCUUAAACAUUAUGUCAUGACUGAAACCCAUGCUUUAGAAUUGUGUCAUCAGUGAAACUCAUUUAUUUAUCAACACUGAAAUCCUUUCUUAAAAUUUAACGUCGUGACUGAAACCCUGUAUUUUUAAUGAUUGUCACGACUGAAACUCUAUAAAAAUGUAAGGUAUAGCUGAAACUCCUACCUUUUACGUCAUGACUGAAACCCUGUUAUAAAUUGAAUUCACGACUGAAACCCCGCCUUCAAAGUUUGUCAUGACUGAAAUCUCUUUUUAAAUUAUAUGAUGACUCAAACCCAUGCUUUAGAAUUGUCAUGACUGAAACUCCUUAAAAUUGAAGUCAUGACUGAAAUCCCAUCUUAAAAAUUUGUCAACACUGAAACCCCUUUUUAAACAUUUAUGUCAUGAUUGAAACCUUGUGUUAUUAAUUGAUGUCAUGACUGAAAUCCUGCCUUCAAAGUUUAUAUCAUAACUGAAAUCUCUUCUUAAACAUUAUAACAUGACUGAAACCUGUGCUUUAGAAUUAUUCAUGACUGUAACUCCUUAAAAUUUAAUUCACGACUGAAAUACCAUCUUAAAAUUUUACAUCAUGAUUAAAACCCUGUAUUAUAAAUUGAUUUAAUGACUAAAACCCCACCUUAAAAAUGUAUGUCAUGACUGAAAUCUCUUCUUAAAAAUUGUCAUGACUGAAACCCAUGCUUUAUAAUUGUCAUAAAAGUUUACCUAAUGACUGAAACCCUGUGUUAUAAAUUGAUGUCAUGACUAAAACCCCACCUUCAAAGUAUAAAUCAUAACUGAAAUCUCUUCUUAAACUUUAUACCAUGACUGAAUCUCCUAAAAAUUUAAGUCAUGACUGAAAUACCAUCUUAAAAUUUUAAAUCAUGACUGAAACUGUGUUAUAAAUUGACAUCAUGACUGAAACCCAUGCUUUAGUGUUCUGCCAUGAUUGAUCCCCUUCUCUGUGCAUUGUCUUAACUCAAACCUGUCCCAAAGUUCUGUAUUACAUCAUAACUGACACUCCACAACACAAUAAGUCAUGACUGAAGCCUCUACUGAAACACGAUGUCAUAACCAACACUCCACCCAGUACAUUACGCCGUAACUGACACCUCUUCAAAAGCAUUAGAAUAACCUUCUAGUCUGCGUCACUGAAGCCCUGAUCAGUGCCAAUCUCGUCCAAACCUUUCCUGAUAGAAUACGUCACUCCUGACACCUCGUCCUGUGUAUUACUGAAACUCUCCUUAUACAAAACAUCAGAACUGAAAGCUCUUCCUGAUACCUCAUAACCGACACAUUUCCUGAAGGAUUAGAUCAAAACUAAAACCUCAACGAUUCAUGACUGAAACUCGGCCUUGAUUAAUUCCACCGUCCUUCAAAAUCCCUCCUGGUGACCGUAAAUGUUCCUGAUACAAGCUAGCAAGUUCCAGAAGGUCUUUCUUCUCACUACGUGCCAUGUGUUACACUGUUAAGAGAUACUUUUCACGACGGUUCACUCUGGUACAUGAGAACGUCGGUCACGUCGUAGAGGAUGACCUUGGCAUCAGCAGCGUGUCGAACGUGAACGUGACAAUCCAGCUAGCGAAGGCAUGAACGGAUCAGGUGUAAACAGCGUCUGUGACGCUGACUGUGAGUCCACCGAGAAGAGAUACUGUGUGUAUAUAUGAAUAUACUGUAUACAGAGUACCAGUGAUCAUUUCAAGCACAACCCCCCAAACCCGUACCCCCCCAACCCCAAACCCCCGGACUGUCCAGCGGAUCUGUGUAUAACCCGCCGGUCACGUAGAACCCAUCAAUCAUAAACUGCAGACGUGUGUGUAAUGUUCCACACUGUAAGAUAGUAGAGAACCAGGAGAAAAUAAAACAGACAUGUACAUAGUCACUGCAGACAUUCUUUAGCUUUCUUUGAGGACGUUUGGUUUCUGCACGUUAGCUCUUGCACAUGGAGGUCAUCUGAAUGGCACUUCAGCUGCCUGCAUUCUCCAUCCGUUUCUACUGGUUCUCCAGAUGACGCUUUUCAGUAGAACCCACACGAUAGACUCACAUGCAGAUCAUAUUUUCUACUGUGCUUUAAUGCUUAUAUACUUGUAUGUUGAAUUAUUUACUCUGCGUAUUGUAAUCUAAGAUACCCAUGUAUUGUUUCCUACUUUGUGAAAUAUAUUUU